ACGCUACACCUCCUCAGUCCUUAAAUGGCAAUUGGAAAUGUAUUAGAAACUACACUUCCCAUAAGCGAGCGGGGUUCACUCAACACGUAUGCGCAUCGUGACAAUUAAUGGUUGAGCAGUGAAUGGAGCGAAGGCAAGGAUUGCGCUGGCGGUGUUUUCACGCGGAGUUAUUUGUUAAAAGCUGAGACCAGUCGACAUGAGCGAACUUGGGUUCAGCUCUGGCAACGGCGUGGGUUCAAGGUCGACGGCGAUGGUCGGCGGAAGUACGGAGGGACUCGAUAAAAUCGACAUGUCUUUGGAUGAUAUAAUCAGGCUGAACAGGAAGGAGCAGAAGACGAGGAAACCGAGCGCCGGGACCCUUAAGCUCCAGGCGAACGGCCGGUUGCCGCAGGGGGACCCCGCGAAAGGUGCGGACACACGUGGGGGAGCGGCCAGGUUGGGGGUCCGCGGGCGGAAGGUGCCGUUGGCGGUCGGUCGGCGCCGAGGUCAGGGGGUCAUCACGGGGCUGGCAGCUCGAAGGACGGCCACGCUACGUAAGGGAGUCGGCCCCAUGAACCGGAACACCUUGACUCAGAAGUCCAGAGUCCUCCUCCAGCGCCGGGCAGCAUCCUUCAGGCAGACGGAGCUCCAGAGGCAGCCCUUCCGGCGCCAAGAUGCGCAGCGAGGGUUUGUGGCGGCGGGGGCAGCAGCAGCUUCCCGGAGGCCCGCUCAGAUACGCAGGCGGACCGCCGUGUCAGUUCCGCAAGCCCAGAAAGCCGCUCGCCAAGCCACUUUCCUCUUCCACAGGGGCCUCAAGGUACACACCCAGGUGCAGAACCCGGUUACUGUCCCAGCAGCGCCGAGGACCCGUCCGUGGCGCACGUCAACAGCCAGCAGUGGAAUUUUGACCGUCUCCAUCGAGAACCCGUGCGCCAGAACACAGCCAGAGCCCCCCAGAGCGUGGUCACUGCACCCUCCUGCUCCGUCGCCCCCAAGCCUGAAGGAGGACGAUGAGAUGGAGGAGGACCGAAAGCCCCCCAAGGGUGUGCAGCUCCAGUUUGACAUUAACAGUGUGGGCAAACAGACGGCAAUGACCCUGAAUGAGCGCUUCCGCAUCCUGAAAGACCGGCGGGCGGCAACUUCAGUGCAACCUGGCAGGGGCAGCCGCUUUGUCACCGUGGGCUGAAGCGUGGCGUCCCGGGAUCCGUAGCGGGGGAGGGAGAGAGCGGAACGGUGCCGGAGCCUCCCGGGCCCGCAUCCUACUCACACGCACCCAAGCCAGAGGGCACACCAGAGACCCGCAAGCCACCGUGUCGUCGAAGCCGACGGGACGAUUGACUGUUACCCCUCGGCAUCGGCAUUUCAGGGGGAGAGGUUCCCGGAAACGUGACGACGACUCCUUUGUUUUCUAUUGACUCUGACUAUCGUUAGUGUCACAUCCUGCCGAUUUUGUGUUGUGUUCCGGAAAGUCCUGUAAAUUGAGGCAGGGCUUCAUUUACGUUUGUUCCCCCCACCCCUCUGAAACGGGUGGUGGUUGGUCACCUAGACCGGGAUGCAGCAGAGGGACGUUUAGGAUGCCCUGCAGAAGAAAACAUUUUAAGACGUGACUUUGUGUUUUUGUAAGGAUGAGAAAUGUUUGAAAUAAAUGCGGCGCAUUCUGUUCUCUCCAUGUGGAUUUUUUUUUUUUUUUGUUUUUGUCUUUAUCAUGAGCUGAAAUAUUUAUAGGAUGAAGGUGUUCUAACCAGCUUGCUUCGGCUUGUUGCAUUUUUUUCCACUUUUUGUUCAUGGAAAUUUUCUCAACAAAGAUUCCUUUGAGCAGCUCUUCCUGGUUCGAAGAAGCUCCUACCCUCCCAAACAGGGUAAACUGUUGAUCUACUUGUUGGUGUUUGGCUGCAAGUUUGAACAUCUUCGCCACCCCGGUCACUCAGCCGCAGUUGUCGUUCUUCCAAGGAAGACGCAUUGGUCCGCUGCAUCCGUGGAGAAGGUCACAUCCGAAGACAAACGCAAAGAGCCGGACUUGUUGGAACGCGUCGCGGAGCUGUGUGCUGUCGCACGCUGCCGGCGUUGGGGCGUCGCCCGGGUUGCUCGAUAAGCUUCCGCUUCUUUAAAAGGCACAAAAGCUGCGUCUCCUGACGUGGUGCUUUGAAUAAACAAAGAAUAAUUUAGUGAUUUUGCUACAUUUACAUUUGUCAGAUACUUUCUUAAUAUGAAAAAACUGAGUUUUAGAGAUGGGAUUAUUGCCACACAUAUUGUGUGUCUGAUACCAUCACGUUGCUGGUUUACAUCUCUCCAGCACCUGCCUACAGAAGUGACAUUCAAACAGCAAAAUCACAGAUAACCAUAGUAGAUGGUGUUGGACUCAUUUAUGGAGGUGUCAGGAGAGAAGUGUCUAAGAGUGGGUUUGAGACUUUUCUUCAACAUGUUGGGGAUGCAGAAGCUCCAAGGGACAGAGGGAGUUAGAUUAUGGACCCUGUGAGAGGAACCACCAAGCAGACAGAGAUAGAAGAGCACAGUGCUCUUGCUAAAGUGCAGGGGAGUAUUUGGGUCAAGAUCCUUUCACAGCCUCGUAGGCCGUAACCAGAGUCUCCGUGUCUGCAAGAACCGACGAUCUAAAUGUGGUUGCGGGGCAUUUACCACCAUGCAGGGAUCACUCACCCCCUUUAGAGCUAGCAAGUUACACGUUGCCUUGGUAAGCUGUGCCAGUUUGGACUAAAGACGCACAUCAGUUCCAGGACAGAUUAACUAGAGGAGACCCUGUGACUGGCAGCUCGGGACAACUCACCGUUUACGUGCCAAUUUGUCCUUGCCAGACAGGUGUCAAAGUGCGUAGGCAGGCCACGCCUCCCUCAAGUAGCCUUUCUCAAUGACUUGCACAGGUGAGUCACCCAUUGAGCUCAGAGUGACAAUGCAACGCAGCACCUGCUUUCCCAAGCCUGCUCACGUCAGCCGCAGCUUUCGUAGCCAUUGCUGACGCGGUGGCCCUUGGGUGAUGGGUUCAAGCCGCUACCUGAGUGCAGUUUACCUGAUCUCUCUACUUUCAUGGAGGUUGCCGCCCAUGUUCAAAAGAAACACGGUUUAGGUGAAUUGCGUGCGUGUGCGUGCUCCGUGACAAGCAGAUCCCCCAUCACCCCGCCACAGGGAGAGGGAUGCUUUUUACUGUAUUUUUAACACACGCUGUGGUCCAUGUUCUUUUUUUGGCCUCAAAUUAUUGAAGAAAAUGCUUUAAAUAAAAAUAUUGCUUUAAUGAAAGUGCAGACCAGCUCUGAAUUCACAUUCAUCGAGACAGCAGGUGGUGUGGUUCCUCAACAGACCUGGAUUUGAAUCCCAUCUUCUGCUCCUGUACCCUUGAAGAAGGCACUGGCCCUCACCUGAUAUGGAGAAAAAUGACCCUGCUGUGUAAAUAGAUAAGCUGCUGUUAUAAACAUAAAUGAAGAAUAUCAGAUAUAUCAGUGGGGGGGGGGCUGUGAUGUUUGAUCACAUUCACUUUCAAUGAAUUCUUCACCCUGUCAAGUUGCACUGAAAAAGCGAUACUAUCAUUUCUAUUCUUUCCAUCAGCACACAGGAAGGUACCUGUCCCUUCCUUGGAAGUGCCGUUUUUCUGCGUUCAAACACACAUUCCUGCUAACAGACGUACUCGUGUCAAGAUGGCCUUAACGCAGACCGGGUUCAAGCUCCGAAAUCACUGCCUAUCUUAUCUGUGUCUCCCCCGUACGCAGGGCUCCUCUCGCGCCAUUCCAAUCGCUAUUGCAAAAGCACGUAAACAUGUGGACGUAGGCAGUACGGCACAGGCAUUCUUCACCUUUUCUCGACUUCAAAAAUUACUCGAGCUGGGUUGAUCAUAAUGGUUGUGUUCUGUUAAAAUACCGUUUGAUUCUCAUCCAGAAUCCUUUUGUGGAACGUGUUUAUCCGGUAUUGCAAUUCACUUGACCAAAUACGUUUGGCAGCAAGUAGUGUAUCAGCUCUGCAUGUGUGUGAGAUUGAAAGGCAACAGAGCUGCUCAUCCUCACUGGACAGGGACCCACCUCCUUAGUGUUCAGCUGGUAAACAGAAGAGCUGCUUCCGAUGCCCUGGACUGCAAAAGGUGUGUGUGUGUGUGUGCAGAUAUAUAUUUAAAAAAACCACCACAGCACAAGAUUUGCUCAAGUAAAAAUACAUUUUCAAAGGCUCAGUGAUAAAGCUCAUAGAGAACACUUUGCAAUUCCUUCAGACCAAAAAAAAAAAAAAAAAAAAACCCUAAUGCCAAUAUUGCAACUAGUUUCCCAAGAAGGCGGCCAGUUGCACGGUGGGCAUCUGCUGGCUGCCUGGGAGUUACACAGAGCAAAUGAAGGAAGGACACACACCGCCCCUCAGGUCCAAAGUGUUUGGACCACAGAUCCCAACUGGCGUUAAAUACUCUGUACAUUGCAAUUGGAAUCUCAACGUUGCCUGAAUUUAAAUACAUUAAAAUUCGCUGUGUAACAAAACCAUCUGUGUAUUGAAUUCAAAAUACUAUUUGCACGAGAAACUAUAGCACACUUCAUUUUUUCCUAACAGGUCCACAUUUUGUCGCCUUUUUUUAAACUGUCAAUGUCAGUUCUUUGCCCCGUUUAACCCCCGUCGUCACCGUUCACAGACCACUAUGAUACAAUAAGAAUAAAAACAUGAGGUAAGGAAGUGGUUU